UAUGAAUAAUCGACGAGUGUUUUAUGAUGAGUCUAUUUGGGAACGGUUUGAGAACAGAAUAAAAACAUGGACUUAUGGACUCACACAUGAAUUAUUGUAGAAUCAAGUUUGCAGUCCAUUCUUGUUCAAGUUCCUAAUAUUGAUUGAGCUCAUCCAACUUGUAUUUUUUGAAUUGACAAAUUAUAUAGCUGUAUUAUUCGAUCCAUCCAAACUUAGAUUUUCUAUUCAAAACUGUAUGGUUGGAAUACUUCCGUAAUGCAUUGCAAUACUUUUAAGUGAAUUACAUCAUAUUCAACGGUGGUGUAAACGUACUGUUAAUAGUAAUGUACAUUGUAAGUUUGAUUUGUUGUAUUAUUUAUAGUCUUUUGGAGUUCAGAUUCUUAUGUUAUUACUAUUGGUCAUAAUUACAUUCAAACUAACAUCAAAUAAGAGAAAGCCAAGCACCUUUCUUACAUACUGUCUAAAAAUAUUUUCAUUGUAUGGCUUACUGUUGAAUACUAUUUUGACAAUCCCUAUAUUCAAUUCCUUCAUUGCCACUAUUUUUUGCAAUUCAGAUGCUCCAUUUUCAGAUGGUUUAGAAUGUUAUGCUGGUCUACACUUUUUGCAUAUAUCAUUAGCUGUAAUAUUAUAUAUCAUUUUUAGAUAAUUGGUUUGAUCUUAUUCCUAAUAAAUGUACUCUAUUUUGGAUUGCUUUAUGCUGAACUCAAUCCAAGUUCACCCAUUCCCUUUGCAUCUCCAUAAUCCAAGACUUAAUUGGUAAGACAGUUAAUUAAAAUCAUUUUACCUUUAUAUGUGACUCUAGAUUUCAAUGGUGAAAUUGCAGAAGUUUAUAUAUCACUUUUAGCAGCUUUUUAUUUAUUAUUAUUAGUAUAAAGAUAUAGAUCUCCUCCUUAUUAUAAUAAAAGUGUUUAUGGAUUCAUUGUAGUGUAGGAAGUUUUACUAUUCUGGGCUAGUUUAGUUGGUGUUAUAACUGCAUUUUUGGAUUUAGGAGCAGUUGAUGAUAUUGGAUUGUUUUAUAUGAUUUUAGGAAUGCCAUUAAUAUCAUUAGUUUAUUUCUAAUUAUUGACUUUUAGACAAUAAUAACUAUUAAAAACACCAAUAAAAUCAUUCAAAAAGGAAACAGAUAUUGAAAUAUAUAUAAAUCAUCUAAUGGAUUUAAUUGAAAAUCGUGAAAUUCUUCAAUCAAGAAUAAUUUUAGAAGGUGUAUUAAAAUUGCAUUUAAAGAAUUGUGGAAAACCAAGUGAGAAUUGUGUAUGUUAAUAAUUGGUAGCUGAUAAUUUGAAGGAUGAAGAGACACCUUAAAAAUUGAAGAGAUGGUAUCAAUUAAUAAAGAGUAUUAUUUCUGAUGCUCUGGAUAGAUAUCCAAAAUGUCCAAGAUUACAUUUAUUGAAUUCAUACAUACAUCAUGAGAAAUUGAAGAAUAAAUUUAAAGCAUUAUUUGAAUUAAUGAUCACUGAAGAAAAUAAACCAAAUUUAUAAGAAGAAUUUAGUAUUUAUAGAUAUAAGAAUUUGAUUGAAGAAGAAAUGAUUGAAAAUGAUAUGAGAACAUCUGAAAAUAAAGGAGUAGAUGUUAAUAUCAUAGUAGUAUUUUAAAAUAAAUUUGUUAAUUUCCUUAGUAGUAUAGAAAAAAGUGUUACAUUACAUAUGGAAUUUUGGAGAGAAUUAUUAGAAGAAAAUCCAGAUAUAUAGAAAUUAUAAUCACUUGGAUCUAAGAUUACAAAUACUGUUGAAUCUACAAGUGAUUUCUAUAAAAAACUAUAAGAAAUGAAUUAAAAUCAUAUUAAAUGUCUAUAAGUAUAUGGUAAUUUUUUGAAAGAUAUUGUUAAUGAUGAUGUUGAAGGUUAAAGAAUCUUAGAAAAAGCAGAAUAUAUACAAAAGAGCACUGCUGUCAACAAAUUAGGAUUGGAUUAAGAAAGAUAGAAAUAUGGUGAAAAUGCUAAUACUUGUAUCAUCACUUGUUCAGGAAAUUAUAAUAAUAUAGGUGUUGUUACUAAUGUUAAUAAUGAAAUCACUAGAAUUUUAGGAUUCUCUAAGUCAGAUAUUAUUGGAUAAAAUGUUAAUAGAAUCAUGCCAAAAGUAUAUGCAGAUUAACAUGAUCAAUUUAUGAAGAAUUAUUUAGAAACUAGUGAUUCUAAAGUAAUUGGAUAGGAAAGAAUAUUAUUAGCUUAAAAUAAGAAUAAUUAUUUAGUACCAUGUACUCUCAUGAUUAAAGUCUUACCUAAUUUAGAUGAAGGUAUUUAGAUUGUUGGAUUCUUGAAAGACAUAGAACCUGGAAGUUCUUAUUUGAGAAGUGAAUAAGAAAUUGAUUAGGAAUGGCAUUUUAUUAUUAUUAAUGUUAAUAGUCAAGCCAUCUUAGGAAUUACUUAAUCUUGUUAUACAAGAUAUGGUAUUCCAGCUUCUUUGGUUUAUGGUAAUUCAACUAACACUAAUGAAUUUACUAUUGAUGCUAUUGCUCCAGAAUUAGUGGAUAUUAAAAACUAGGAUGAUCUCAAAUCUUAAGGUUUGGUUACUACUAUUGAUACUUCUUAACUUUAAUAAAAUUUCCUUUUGGGAAGAGGAGAAAGUGAUGAUGAGAUGUCAUUAGAAGAGGAAGAAAACAUUUAUGAACCUGCUUAAUAAGUUUCAUAGAUGUAAUCUAAAAUAGGAGAUUCUAAUUUAGGAUAAAUGUUAAACUAAAAUCAUUAAUAUAAAGAAACUGCUGUUGAUUUAUCUUAAUAAGUCUAGAAUUCUAAAAUAGAAGAAGCCAAGAGUAAAAAGUUAUAAAAAUAGCAAAGAUAUAAAAAAUAUAAGAUUAAAGCUUUUGUUUAAGAUGAAACAGAAUUUGGUGAUUAAAAAAUAUAAAUUAUCAGAUUCUAUGAAGUUGAUGAAAAUGAAGAAAUUAAAUAAUAAAGAUCAAUGGAACCAGCAGCUGAAGAAGCAUAAUAGAAUUAAAUGAAAACAGUUAUGAAAGAUGAAUAAUAAGUUUAAGAAGAUGUAAAUGCAUCUGAAGGAGAAUCUAAUUUAUCAGGAGGUUCAGUGAAUGAUGAUAUGAGAUAAUUAAAAGAUUUUAAAGCCUUGAUUUCUGAAAAAACAGAACCUAAAUAUAUUCGUAUUUUGAAACGAACUGUCUGGUUUAUUAUGCUCUUACUAAUCGUUUUAAGUGCAUUGAUAUUGGGAUAUAGAAUGAGUCAAAGUUCAGAUGUUUAAGAAGGUGCUGAUGCCAUUUAUUUGUCAUAUAUGAGACAUAACAUUAUGGCAGAUGUAAACUUUUACACUAGAUUACUUUAAAUGUUAGGAAAUAGUACUUACAUAGCAGAUAAACAUGGUUAUACUACAACAACUGCAGAUACUUUUAUUAAGGCCAAUGUAAUAUUAUAAUAUUAAUGUUUAGCUAUCCUAUUUAGUAGAUACAUUAAAAGUGGUGUAAUUUGAUGUCAUUAAGGCUAGAAUCAAAAUGGAAGCAAGAAUGACUGGAUCAACUAAUUUGGAAACAUAUUAAGUUAAGUUUUUGCUGACUUCUGGUGAAGAGAAAACGUAAUUAUUUAUUAUUAUUAUAGUUAUGAUAACAUUUUUAAUGAUGCAUUGUUUUAAAUUAUUACUUCAGCUUCUUCAUUAAGAAAUUCCUCUGCAGCAUCAUUUAAUGGUUCUGUAACAACAGUGGAUAAUACAUAAAAGAAUUUUUUUUAUGUGAUGACCAAUGGUUUAUUUGUUUUGAGAAAGGGAUCAGAAAAUAUUGCAUAAAGAUUCUUCGAUUUUUAUUCUGAUGAAAUAAACAAUUAUUAAGUAACCUUCUUUGUUAUUAUGGGUGUUGGUAUAUUCUGUUUAGUAGUAUCUGCUAUGAUACUAAUUCCUAUUGUAUUUUAAGUGCAUAAAACAAAUAAUAUGGUUAUGUCAUUAUUUGGUAUCAUACCAAUAUAAGAAAUUAAAGAAUUAGCUGCAAAAUGUGAAAAUUAUAUGUAGGAAUUCUUGGAAGAUAAAAAUGAAAAGAAAGAAAUGGUUGAUAAAGAAGAUAAACCACCUUAGCCUAAUGUUUAACCUCCUGAAGUAGAAAAAACAUAGAAUAAAGAUGUUUUUGAAAUGAAUAAUGAAGAAGAAGAUAGAAGUGAUAAAAAGAAAACCUAAUAAUAAAAUGGAUCAAAUGGAAGUGGAUAAAAUGUAUUACAAACAGGUUAACCUAAUUCUAAUGCUAUUCAUACAUCAAUUACAGCCAAACCAACUGAAAAUAAAGCAACUCCAUCUGCUUUUACUUAAGGAGCAACCAAAAAUGAUUAAAAAUAACAAUAAUAAUAAGAGUAAGAUAAAAAAGAAAAUGAAGAAGAAAUAGAGAAUCUACGUUCUUAAAAACUAUUAAACUCAAAAGAUAAUAAUAAAUCAGUAGUUAUUGUUCAAUUUUUAAUUUUUGCUCUUAUUUUUAUUGCUUAUUUCAUUUUAGAUAUUAAUUUAGAAUUGAUAUUUUUGGAUAAUGUAUAAAAGGUUUAUGAUCAUCUUUAAUAUUCAUCUAAAAGACCUAUUUCUAUUAAAUAUAAUGUUUACUUUACAUUUGAAGAAGUAGUGACAAAUAAGACUUAAUUAGAAGAUUCAUUAGAUAUGAGAACUGAGUUUCAAAGUAAAUUGUAUGAUAAUGAGAGAAAUUUAUUCUAAUCUUUGACUUAAUCAUUUCCUUCAUAAUUUGAUUCAUACUUGUCCAACUUUUAAGCUUUUACAUAUAACAAUUUAUGUACAAAUGACUUUAGUAUAAGUAAAUAUUUUUAUCUUAAUAUCUAGACAAUUUUGAAACAGAUUAAACAGGAUGUGCCAAUGUAGAUUCAGGAUUACUUACAAGUGGAUUGAAAACAGCUUUUGUUUCAGUGGCAUUGAGUACAAAUGAUAUGAUAAGUUAUUGGAAGAAUACAGAAAGAACUAGAACAGGUAUAGAUAUAUAUAUUACAAUAAAUUAGACUUAAUAUCUACAAUUAACAAUUAGACCUAUCAUAAUAAAUUACAUAGAUUAUUAUACUAUAUUUCACCUGCAUGUGAUUAUUUAACAGAUCAAUUCAUGUCAGGAAUUACAGAUUUCUUAUCUUAUAGUGAUUCUAUUGAACAAAUGAAAUUUAGUGUUUAUCUGGUUUUGAUGUUUGCUGCAUUUAUUUUUUGUUGGACUCCUUAUUUGAAUAAUCUAUCAAAGUAGAUAUGGAGAACUAAAGGAAUGUUGAAUAUGAUACCUAUGGACAUUAUACAAAAAUAUCCUAAUUUGAAACAAUAAUUUAUUGGAGGAGAAAUAUUAUAAGCAGUGAAAUGA